AGCAGGUUCCCCGUUUUCUUUGCUUUAUAUUCUCCAUCUUGCUGACUUGUCAGGAUCUCCUCAGCAGUGCUCUGCAUUUAAUCACGAAGCCUCCUCAGCAAGCACUGCUACUUUUCUUUUUUGCCUUCUGAUUUUUAGAGAAAGGUGGCUAAUUACAGAAAGAACUAGAAAAGGGCUACAAGCUACUAGUAGAAGCCUUGGCUGGGGAGCUAGCUAUCAGGCAAUUACACAGGUUUACAACAGAAGAGGAACAGGCAGACAAAGGUGACAGACAGCACAUCUCAUGAUGGCAUCAGCAGCUCUACAGUUCUUUGCUUUCAUUCUAGCCUUGAUUGGCAUUUUCGGCGCAAUCACAGCCACCUUGUUGCCGAAUUGGAAGGUGAAUGCAGACAUGGGUUCAAACAUCAUCACAGCCAUAACUCAGAUGCAAGGGCUCUGGAUGGACUGCACAUGGUAUAGCACCGGGAUGUUUAGCUGCACGUUGAAAUAUUCAAUUCUCUCCCUCCCCGUUUACAUCCAGGCAGCACGGACCACCAUGGUUUUGUCUUGCAUCCUCUCCGCUUUUGGGAUUUGCAUUGCCACUGUGGGGAUGAAGUGCACCCGCUUGGGAGGGGACCAGGACACCAAAAGCCACACUUCAUUUGCAGGAGGAGUUUUCUUCAUCCUUGCAGGAAUAUUUGGUUUGAUACCAACAGCCUGGUACACGAGAGAGAUCAUUUCGAAUUUUCUGGACCCAACAGUCCCAGAAAGCAGCAAGCAUGAACCAGGAGGAGCAGUUUACAUUGGAUUUAUUUCGGCAGGACUUCUGCUCACAGCAGGUGCCAUCUUCGGCACUUCCUGUUUCACAAAGCAGCAAAGAGCAUGGAUUUAUCCUAACAAGCCGCAGCAACAGUUCCGAGCUGCCCAACAGGAGAACAACACUGGAUACACCCUAAAGGACUAUGUGUGAAUACAGUUGUGGGUCUGCCGCUCAAGGCUCCUGAUUAAUCAAGGUGCGGGUGUUUACUGUGGUUCUGGGUUUUUUAAAAUAUCAAAGCAAGAUUUUUUGUUUUCUGAUGUGAGGUUUGUAAUUACA